CCAUAGGUGAUUAUUUUUUGUUGAGAAUAGUAAAGGUAGAAAAGAAAAGGACAAGCGUGAUAAAACCCUUUGUUUUCAUUACUCACUCCAUUCAUCAUCUUCAAUCUCACUCUCCUAACAAAAAACAAAAAUUCCAGUGAGAGAAAAAAAACAAACACAAACUCAACACAAACGUUUGCACAGUUGAAAAUGUCUCUCCCUUUCUCACAAUGAAACAACCUUUUCUCUUCAUCUUCUCCAUAGAAGAUGUCUCAACCUCAAUCUCCUUCCUUUCUCUGUGAAGAACCAAACACCUUCGAAGAUGAAUCCCUCACCGAUUCAGAAACCAUUACCAACGACCCAUCUGCUACAAAGCUUCAAUCUUUAUCGAUUUUGUUCAACAAUGAUAUGUUUUGGGAAGACGAUGAAGUUCUUUCUUUAAUCAUGAAAGAGAAAGAAACCCAUUUGAUUAAUGAUGAUUUUGUUAUUGAUGGAUCUUUGAAUGAGUCUCGUGUUGAAGGUGUCAAUUGGGUUUCUAGAGUUUGUGCUCAUUAUGGGUUUUCUACUUUGACCACUGUUCUUGCUGUCAACUACUUUGAUAGAUUCGUUACUAGUUUGAAGUUUCAAAAGGAUAAGCCUUGGAUGACUCAGCUCACUGCUGUUGCUUGUUUGUCUCUUGCUGCUAAAAUGGAAGAAACCCAUGUGCCACUUCUUUUGGAUUUUCAAGUUGAGGAAUCUAGAUUUGUGUUUGAAGCUAAAACUAUACAAAGAAUGGAGCUUUUGGUGUUAUCUACAUUGAAAUGGAGGAUGCUUCCGGUGACACCAAUUUCAUUCUUUGAACACAUUGUUAGAAGACUUGGUUUGAAGAGCCGUUUGCAUUGGGAGUUUAUGUGGCGUUGUGAGAAGGUUCUUCUUCAUGUCAUUGUUGAUUCAAGGGUUAUGAUGAGUUAUCUUCCUUCUACAUUGGCUGCUGCUACAAUGAUCCAUGUAAUUAAAGAGAUUGAACCAUUUAAUGCAACCGAGUACAUUGAACAACUCUUGGGUUUACUAAAGAUUAGUGAGGAACAAGUGAAUCAGUGCUACAAACUUAUGCUGAAGUUAUUAGUUUGCGAUGAUGGCAUUUACAGUCUUCACCAAAAACGUAAGCGUGUAUCUGAACCAAGUAGUCCGGGUGGUGUCAUUGACGCAUCUUUCAGUUGUGAUAGCUCAAAUGAUUCAUGGACUGCGGCAUCGUCGGUUUCGCUCUCACUGCAGCCGAUGUUCAAGAGGAGCAAAGCUCAAGACCAGCAGAUGCGAUUGCCUUCGGUUAAUCGUGUGUCUAUUGAUGUUCUUCAUAGCCCUCGUUAAUUAAUGAUGAUGAUGAUGAACAAUGUUAGUAUUUUUACUUCAAAUGUGGUAGCUCUCUUUCACAUAAUUCUGGUGGCUGUUAUGUUAUGGAAAUUGAAAUCCAAUUACAUUAUGUUCUAGUUAUUAUAUACAUUUCUAGCCAAACAUUUGAAGAUGAAUGGAAUGAGGCAGAGGCUGAGAUUCCUUCAUCCACUUUGUUGUUUAAGGUGGUGCAGGGAUCUGAUAUUGAGUAGAAAGAUGAGUUGUGAACUUGUAAUUCUACCUGUGAGUUAUCUAUCAACUGCAACUUUUACUCAUCUUACACAUUUUUGUCAAUAAGCACACCUGAGAUUAUAUUUUCUUACCAGUUA